AUGGAUUCCCCAACCAGUGACAACUUCUCCGCCCCAAUCGAUCAAUCCGUCCUUGAUCGUCUUCCAGACUUUGACGACUUUGACGGCGAUGAUUCGGAAUGUGAUUCCGUAGCCGAAUACUCCCUUUGUGAAAGUAGUGACGAUGACGACUCUUUCAGUUACGAAGGCGAACUAUACGAUGAUGAAAGUCGUAGCUUAAUGGGUGACGAAAGCAGCCUUUUUACGAUUGCGGAAGAGACAGAAGAAGACUUGAUGUCUAUGUGCUCCUGUGAUGAUAGUGACAUGGAUUCGGACAAUGGCCGCAUCCAGAUGCCGAGACAAGUCUCGUUGCAUGCCUUCCUUGCUAAGGACGGAAGGAGAAACAGAGCUAAUAGCAUCGACGUGACCUACCAUCCGGGUCACGAUGACCUCGAUCUCGACAAUGAAGAAUCAGAAUCCACGCAUGCCGAAGAGAAUUUUGUGCGAAAAAGAGAAUCUCUCAACAGCUUUGCAAAUGCAGACAGUGAUGAUGAUGAUGAUGAUGACGCCAAGUCUUUCGACUCCUGCUCCACAAGCGGAAGCACUAGUUUCCAAGUGGCCAAGCGAAGGCUUCAAAAGGAAUUCUCUCUCCGCAAACUAAAGGACGCUGUCCAAGCAGCUGAUAUUACCUCCUCCUUCCGAAAGGAUGACGAAAAGACUUUCAAGUGCAUGGAUUCAAUUGAACAAACACUCUUGCAAUCGUCUGGAAGCUCGCGAUCUUCUGACGGACAUCAAACAGCCAAGAACAACUUGCUGAGUGCCAUUUCCUCGAGCAAGGCGGCCUUGAAAAUUUCCAAAGAAUAA